AUGUCUUUGGUCAACAUUUUGGACUUCAUCCUUGAAUGCGUAUUCUUCCGCCCAAAACUCAUCGAAUCCCUCACUUUGAAAAUCAACCACUUUGUCGCUGAAAAACUCAAAAAUCACUUCGAGGAGAAAAACCUCAAAGAAAACAUCGACCGCUGCCGACAUAUUCACAUCGAUCUCAGAACCGAAUUUAAUAGCAAUUUCAAUCACUCGGACAAGUCAUUAUCUGGCAAGUACGAAAAGACAAAAUUGGUCUUCAAAAUCAUCAACAACUACAAAAACCUCCUCUUUGCCCAGGCCAAGUCGAUCAAAAUGGAAUCUUCUCUUGAGGGCGAAAUUGAAAGCGUCAUCGGAAACAUGGCCGAAGAACUUUUGAAAAAUGAGCGAAAAACUAGAAUUGAAGAUAAACCCGUCCGAAUCAAACAGGUUUUGUACCGUCAAAAUCGGCUCCAGAAUAUUUUUAAGGCUUUUGAUGAUAAAAUUCUCGCAGAUAUCAGCCUCAUUGCGAAGUUUCUAUCUCCGGGAACGUAA